AAACAAGAAUAAUAAAUCUGUCAAUGUAAAGAUUUAUACUUCCUCAUUUGAACAAUUUUAAACACAACUUUGUGAUAGACAGUCUAGAAAGUUAAUUCAUGUUUUAGAGAAAAAAAAAUCAUGGCACAUUCAAGGUUAGACUUCAGUGCUUCAUUAACACAGGACUCUGAUGAAGUUCAGGAAAUGUUUUGUGAACAUUGUGAUAAACAUGACAAGCAAUAUGUUCCUGCUGAAGGAUUUUGUGAGGACUGUUUUGAGUACUUGUGUGGUACUUGCCUUAAAUUUCAUAAAAGAUAUAUGGUCUCUCAUACUAUCAAGGAUAAGAAUAACAUGCCACAGGAUUUCUGUCUUGAGAAAUGUUUUGUUCAUCAAGAUGAAUUAGUCAAGUUCUAUUGUCAAGCUUGUAAGAAAUUUGCCUGUCCUGAAUGCAAGACUCAAGACCAUGGGACCUGUAGUAUGGUCAAUCAUUUGCCAGCUCUUGUUCCAGGGAUUGAAAACAGCCAAGAAAUUAAAGAACUCACUGAAAAUCUUGAUAUGUUAAUGAAAGAUUUGGAAAUUACAGAAAAACAUGUGAACAUAAACAUGAAAUAUGUUGCUUCACAAGAAACAAAGAUUUUAGAUACAGUCAAGAAAAAAAAGAAAGAAAUAAUGUCAGUGUUUGAAAAACAUCAGACAGAUAUAAUUCAAAACUUUGAGAAAAAAAUUGAAGAAACCAUACAAAGACUCAAAGAAAAGAAAAAUGAACAAAUUGACAAAUUACAAGAAAAUCAAAGAAAAUUAGAAAAGUUAUUAAAUGAUGAGCAAAAUGAAAUUAAGAGGAAAAUUGAAACAAGAUAUGUUUGUAAAACAUGUAUGCCCCCUAUCAGCAGCCAAUUAGUCAUGUGAUAAGGUUAUUAUGCAUGACGUCUGACCCAGUGAUCAAACAAUUAAUAAGGGUUAUAAAGUAUCUACUG